GCAGGCUGUGUAGAGAGAUGUCCGUUAACGCAUCACCCCGGUCAUUAGCACUAAACAUGACUGACAACAAUCACCGCUCAGCUGGGAUUUGCACUGCAGUGGAGGCAAAGCCAGAGGAACGACACAAGUAUCAGCUGUUAGACCUCCCCUGGGAGGACGUCCUCGUGACACACGUGCUAUGCUACUUGCCUUUACGACACCUGGUCAGCCUACAGCGAGUGAGCAAGGGCUUCCGCUCUCUAAUUCAGGUUUAUCUGGCCAACUGUCGCUCAUUCGACCCUGCACAGACAGGUCCUCACAUUCCUAAGGAAGCUUUUUGUUCCAUGCUCUGUGAUAAUAAAGUCCUCCAGAGCCUCUCUGUACAUGGCUGCUGUGACUGGAUCACUGAUAAAGAACUGCUUCCUGUGAUCGGUCAGAACCAGCAGCUGCAGCGUGUGGACCUACACGGCUGUGUCCACCUCACUCGGCACGCUCUGGUGGCCGUGGCUCUGGGCUGCCCCCGCCUACAGCACCUGGGCCUGGCACACUGCGAGUGGGUGGAUAACCUGGCACUGCGCAGCGUGGCGGAUCACUGCACUGAGCUGCGUACGCUGGACCUCACCGCCUGCAGGCAGCUGAGAGACGAGGCCGUGUGUUACGGGGCGGUGCGCUGGCCCAUGCUGCGCUCGCUGUCUGUGGCCGUCAAUGCCAACAUCACAGAUACGACUGUGGAGGAGGUGGCCAAGCACUGCAGGGAGCUUGAGCAUCUCGACCUGACUGGCUGUCUGAGGGUUCACAACGAGGCCAUCAGGACCGUGGCUGAAUACUGCCCUAAACUGCAGUCUCUGAAGGUGAAUCACUGUCAUAACGUUAGUGAGUCCAGUCUGGGUGUGCUCCGAAGGCGGAAUGUACAGAUCGAUGUGGAACCUCCUCUCCAGAGGGCGCUGGUGCUGCUACAGAAUGUGGUGGGCUAUGCUCCCUUCAUCAACCUACAGAUAUAACAGUACAUGAACACCUGGGUCCAUGUGUAUCAUACGUCUCAGUACAAGAGUGCUGAUCUGCAGUCAGCUGUCUCUCAGUGAACAUCAAGCUCAUUAGUCAGGUGUGUUUUUCUGAGAGGUGUGGUACAUACGACCCCAAGACCAGCCUAGCUGAAAUUAGGACUUCCUUCAUCCUUGAUCUGUUUGGAGUGACUCCCUGUGCUGGCACAGUGCAAUAACAUGGACCAUGUACUUGUAUGAAAUAUCUAUUUCAGCUACGUGAUUGAGUAGUUGUGUUCUGCCAGCGGUUCCACCAGCCCUGUUUCAAGUCAUGAUAAUACAAAGGCAACAAAACUCUUCCAGCUGCUGAUGCCAUGCAGGACUGAUUAGGGACAGCAUUUUAGAGAAGUUUACCUCUCAAAAAGGUGUCAUACUUAUUGGAUCUGUCAUACUUGAGAUUUGCAUGUGUAAAUGCAAUGUCUUUUAGCUAUUCAAAUAUGCUGUUUUGUAUUUCUGGUUCUACUCUGAGCACUCAUUUUGAUUAUGAAAACAUGAAUUGGAGUUAAACAUACUUUCAUAAGUAAUUGUGGGAAACGUACUGUUUAAUAUUUUAUUUAUUUUUUUUAUAUGCUAAACAAAAGCUUUGUAUAAUUUUGCACUUAAUGAGAGACUGAAGGAAACAAAGUUUCCUUUCAAAGUAUCUGUUCAGAGAUCUGUUGAUUUGUGUUAUAAUUUACUGAGCAUAUCGGAUGGGGAGACCGAUUUUGUGUCCCAGUGUUAGGGGAUACACAUGAACCUUCUUUAAUUUAUCUUACAAAUGUCUUCAAACACCCAAAGCAGUUGUUAUUCCUACAGGUAUAACUUGAACCUGUCACCAUAUGACCUCAGCUAGCUUUAAACCAGAGUGAAUGUGUUUGUCACAUUUAACUUAUUCUAGAGAUAAUGACAUUUCAUUAUAAUACCUUAGAUUUAUGGUGUAAAAUGUAAUUGUAAUAAAGAAUUUGCAUAAGG